UACACACACUCACACACACACACGCUCAAAAUCAAGGAGGGAAUGUGAGAUUUGACGGAGGGAGGAGGAAAUAUAAAAUCCUCCACAAUAGAAUUGCAGGAGUUAUUUUUGCCAUGAUUGCAGUAAGUUUGACAAGCAACGUGUGUGUGUUGAUUUGUGUUUGAGGAUCAUCAGCAUGGCGCGGAGGUGGUGGGCUCUUCUCGCCGUCGUUUACCUGUCCAGCCUGCAAGCGGCCGCUCGGCACCAGAGGAAGGCUCUGUAUCCGUCUGCGUACUUGAUAAAGCGCGGGGCGUACUCCCUGAUCAAUCCCACCUUCCUGCACUCAGAGGAGGACGCUACGCUGCUGUUUGAGAUUCUUCUUGCCGGAAUGCAGAUCCAAGGUCAAGAGCGCCCUCUGCUGAUCCCAGAUGAGGAGCUGGCCUCCCUGAAAAGCGUGAAAACCCUAGAAGUUAUCUGCGAGGAUGUGCUGCCGAAGAAGCUUUCCGAUAUCCGCCGCCUUAUGGCGGACCUGGCCCAGCGGCGGCGACCGCUCGGCUGGCAGGACUUUGAGAGAACGGUGCUGACUUUAGUCUACAGCUCACAGGUACUCAGUCAGAUCAGCAACCAGCACCAGAAGGAGCUGUGGAUGGAGACGUUGGUACAACUGGUCCGUGCUGUUCAACGAGACCUCACACCGACCUGAGAAAAACUGAGCUUCCCUCUCUAUACUUUAUGGUUCUGUUAGUUUAAUACAACAGCUUAUUGGGGACACUAUAGAUAGAAAAAGAAGAAAUACAUUUCUGUCAAAAACUCAGAAAUGUUCAAGAAGAAACAAGGACAUUUGUAAAAUACUAAAGACGAAAACUUUAACUUUAAUGGCUGCAGUAGUUUGACCCUUUCCCUGCCUGUUGGAUGUCUUCAAAUAACUUUCAAUGUUUUUCUCUGUCUAAAAACAAUUUCUCAGCUCAUUUAAAUGACUUCCAAAAGCUAUUUUACAUAAAAAGCGAAUAGAUUCUCAGCGCAUCAAUAUCCUUGAUUGCUCAUUUAAGGAAACGAAGAAACGUCUGAAGGUUUGCUUCAAAGGGCCCAAUUUUUCCCCUCUUAAUGCCGGAAAAGAGAUUUCUUCUAAUAAGGUUUUUGUGGAUUACUUAUUUCAGAGUUGAUGGAGGGUAGUUAUGGAUCUUUUGAGUGGUUUUCUCUCCUUCAUGGAAUUAGUUUUGCUUUUGCUUUCACUUUUAUUUGUUUUAUGCUUAUACAACAAUUUUCAGGUUUCGUUUUUUCAAGGAUAGACCUAGUGAAAAAUAAAUGGAAAGGACAAAAGAAAAAGAUAUUCAAGCUCUUUCUGGUUAUAACUUGAAGCCGAGUACAAUUUAAUUGUAUAGGGAGAAUAACAUUGGUGCUUAUUGUGCAGCAUUUAGUGUAAAAAUAACAAUAGAAGAUUUACAAAAGGUUAACCCCUUUAUAAACUAGAGAUUUUGUGCACAAAUAAAACAAGAAUGAUUGAAGGAGUCUAGAUGGAGCUUUCCUUUAUAUGAAAAUUGCAUCAGGUAGCACGGUGGGGGUGGAGUCAUGCUGUGGGUUUAACUGCCAGUAACACUGGAACAUUGCAUAAAUUGGCUGUAAAACAAUGAAGGUUGAAUUCAUUAACUUUGUCUCACAUCAACAGCUUGGUGGCUGAAAUGUGGACAAAAUUCUGCAUUCUCAGCAGCUUAUUUCUGAAUGGAGUGACAUUAAAUUCAGGAUUUACCUUAUAGGAAUAUAAAGUUAUGUGUAAAAACUGGAAGUGUACCAGGAAGUCCUCAAUGUUUAAUCUUUACACUUUCCACCAAUACGAUUGGUCAGAAAUUCAACCAGAAUUUCUCCGGAAGUUGUUUCUGAUGGAAAAAAAAAACAAGUCAAGUUGCAUCUCAUCAAAUAUUAGUGGAAAUGUAUUAAUAUUUUCCAGUCUGUAUGUAUAAUUUUGACCCUAUGUGAAGUAUCAAAAAUCUAUAGAAAAUGUAAAUUGCUGCUCAAACGUUUGUAUUUUCUUUUUUGAUCCUCAUUGUUGCCAUAACAUCCUGAAACGGUUAAAAAACUACAAUUUAAUGGGAAUCACAAGCCUGUUGUAAGUUUAGAUGAACUUUUUAUCUAUGAUAUUUUUUCCUAGGUUUGUAUAUCAGUCACUAGUUUUCUGCUGAAGAGAUUGAACUAGAGGAGAAGUCCGUUUUGGUUCUGAUGCAGAUUUUAAAAAACAAAAUUAGUUGGGGUUUUUUUUUUGUUUGUUUGUUUUUCAUAUUUACAUGAAUUAUUGAGUGAAGAACGUAACUCCGAGUCAUUUAUCCACUUAAGUGGAUAAGAAGCUGAAAUAUAUCCAGAACUUAACCAGGAUGUAACUGCGCUGAUGUUCGUGUUAAGUGAGCGCCACCAAGUGGCUGCAUGCAGAAGUGCUAUUUUUCCAACAGCACUGUGGUCAUUUCUGAUUUAUACCAACUAGAGAAAUGAAUCCAAAAUUAUAAAUAUCAAUAUUAGCAUUUACUCUUUACCAAAAAUAUGUGUUGCAAAAUGCAGCUACAAUUUAAAAUUUGAUGUAAAAAUUUUAACAUGUUUCUCAACAUAAUCACUUAAUGAAAUUUAUGAAUUUUCAGACAAGAACAAUCUAUUUUCUAAUGCUCUGUCUUUUUAUUAUGAUAGAGAAUAAAACAGAAAUUUCAAGUGAUUUGUCUUUGCUAAUUCAAGGUUUAUUUUGUUAAAUUAGUAUUUCUUCUCACUAUUAAACAUAUUUUUACAUGAAUGCUGAACUAUAUGCAGCUUCUUGCAGAAAACAAAUAGCAGAUUUAUGGAAAUUUACCUAAUUUCUGAUUUAUAUUGUAUGAUGUUACAGAAACACGUUGAAACGUUAAGAAAAUAAAACGAUGCUUUUGCUUUUCACUACAUUUUGCGUAUGAAAACUCAAGCUACACGUGCAACAGUAAAUGAAAUGCAUCCUGCAAACGGAUCAAAAUAAAUUCAGCUCAAAAUAUUCACUAGAUGGCAGCAUUUCCCAUCGUGCAAUCAGUCAGAAGCACUAUUGCGUGCUGCUGCAUUUUGUUGCUGAUUGAUCCGGAUGGAAUAUGUCCAAAGCAACUAGAAUAGGUUUUUCCUUUAUUUUUGAUGGUUCGU